AGCUCCGCUGCCGCGCGGGCCGGUUAAAAGCCAGCCACGUGACCUCAGGCUCCUCCUCACUGUGGGUGGGGCCUGCGCCUUCUGGCCAAUCAGCAGCGCGGGGAAGAUGGCGGACACGGAGAGCGGCGUGGGGAAGCGGCCCAGGGGCGCGCAGGUUGAGGACAGGAAGGUGGACUGGCGGCGCUGGAAGCAGGAGAGGAAAGCAGAGACGAAGAAAUGGAAGGAAAUUAAGCUACUGAAGAAACUGGAGAAACAGCGGAUGCGAGAGCAGGCAGAACAAGAAGCCCAGACGCAGGAGGAGCAGAAGGAAGACAGAGGCCGGCCCCACACGCUGAGCGUGGCCCUGCCCGGCUCCAUCCUGAACAACGCGCAGUCGCCGGCGCUGCGCUCCUACCUGGCCGGACAGAUCGCCCGCGCCUGCGCCAUCUUCUGCGUGGAUGAGAUCGUGGUGUUCGAUGAGCACGGAGAGGACGUCAAAAGCGUGGAGGGGGAUUUUGAAGGAAUUGGGAAGAAAGGCAAGGCUUGUGUGCAGCUGGCUCGGAUCCUGCAGUACUUGGAGUGCCCUCAGUACUUGAGGAAAUCCUUUUUUCCAAAACAUGAGGAUCUGCAGUUUGCAGGGCUGCUCAACCCCCUGGACAGCCCCCACCACAUGCGGAUGGACGAGGACUCAGAGUACCGGGAGGGCGUCGUGCUGGACCGGCCAACCAAGCCAGGCAGAGGCUCUUUUGUUAACUGUGGGAUGAGGAAGGAGGUACAGAUUGACAAACAGCUGAACCCUGGUCUGCGAGUCACUGUGCGCCUGCAGGAGCCCCAGAAUCCAGAAGCCAAAGUGCGGAAAGGCACCGUGGUGUCCUCGCAGCACCCCCGGGCAGUCUCAGGCUUGUACUGGGGUUACAGCGUCCGCCUGGCCUCCUGCUUGAGUGCUGUCUUUUCCGAGUGCCCAUUCAAGGAAGGUUAUGAUCUCUCUAUUGGCACCUCAGAGCGGGGCAGCUCUGUGGACCAGGUCACUCUGCCCUCCUUCAGGCAUGCCCUUGUUGUAUUUGGAGGCCUUGAGGGCUUGGAAGCCGGGGUUGAUGUGGACCCAAACCUGGAAGUCACCGACCCAAGCGUCUUGUUUGACUUCUACCUGAACACGUGUCCCAGCCAAGGCAGCAGGACCAUCCGGACAGAGGAAGCCCUGCUGAUCUCUCUGUCUGCGCUGAGACCACAUAUUGAGGAGGCUGUGAAGACACCCAAAGACAGCUGAUGGAAGGGAAACCACUGACCUUGCCCUUGAGGAGGCAGCUCUUCAAAUGUGGGGUGCCGGGCAAGUCACUCCAGGAGCCUGGAGGGACCAAGGCACAGCGUGACUGGAGCUGGCAGCGCUGCCCAGCUGUGGAGACCCAGGGUCAAAGAGCAGCACCCUUCUGAAUACAGUGGUCUCACCCAUAAGCAAUUGCAGGCUCAUGUUAAUGCUGCAGCUUAUAUUGGGAUGACCCAGUCCAACUGUCCCUUUUUCCUUAUAUGGACUCCCUCUAGAAUGUUCUCCCCUCCCUUGUCUCCUAUUGGUGCUGGAUUAUUGCAGUGCUCUGCCCCUGUUACCUCAUUGGUUCCCCAGUUGGCAGCCCCUCCUCUGCAUCACUUGGACUCAGUUCCCAUUGGCCCUUGACCCUCAGAUCCGCCCCCUUUCCCCCCUUAUAAAACCCUGGGUGCUGAGGCUGCUUUGGUCUGUCCCUGGGCCCUCUGCAUCACAAUAAACUGCGUUUGGAGCUCUGCUCAAA